AUGCCAGGAAUUAAAGGGGGGCAUAAGCCCGCGGCAGCUAAGCUGCCGCCGCCAGCUGACGAAUCAGACAGUGAUGAUGACGCCCCUGAGGAGUUCACGCAAACGCAAGCACGCGACCAGGCUGUGCAGCAACGGAAAGAGGAGCGGCAUCAUCGGGUUGAGCAGCAGCGAGCGCAGCGGGAGCUGCGCCGGGAUCGCCAAGCGAAAGCAGCGGCUGCGGCUGCAGCUAGAGCAGCAGCAGCCAGCGCUUCUGUGCCUGCAAAUGAUAACGACACAGCCGCGCAGGAUGAUGACGCUGAGGACCUGAAGCGCGGCCGCGGGCACGCGGGGCCGCGGUCGCGGCUACGGGAUCAUGCUGGGACAGAAGACGACGAGGACGACGUUGGAGACGCCCCGCUAGAAGCAGGGACAGCUCCGGGAGGCAUCGUGGUCGGCGAGGACGACCUCCUGCCGGAAUCUGUCCUAGCGGCCGUGGCGGCACGGGACGAGGCGGCGCAGCAGGCAGCAGCCGCCGCGUCAGCAGCGGCAACGCUCAGCGUGCGCGCGCAGCGGCGCGCAGCCAAGCGUCAGCGGCUUCAAACAGUGAAGGAAAGCGUCGUGGCGGUGGCGGUGCUGCCAAAGGUGGCUCAGGCGGCGGCGGCGGCAGCCGCCGCGAGCAGCAACUUUUUGAAGGAAUCGUUGUACGGCAACCGUAUACGGCGGUCAGCGGACAUGUUGACAAAAGUCAGGAACCGGCCUGCCGCCAAGUUCGUAUAA